GCAUGACAUCAAAAUAUAUUUGGGCUGGGUUGAUUAUUGUGAAAGAAGCUACAUAUUUGUUAGAGUUUUGAAUGAUAUAUUUUACAGAACAACUGGAUCAGUAAUUAUCAAUAUAAAUUGUAAAAUACAUAUUCGUCUGAGUAUUUUUUUAAAUCAGGACUAUAAUAAAUAGCGCUCCGUCCGUUGAAGCAUCAUCAAUAGCCGACAGGUAAUCAUUUAAAAUGGCUGAACUAGCAGCAUUGCUCCAAACGGAAAUCCCAGAAGGACGUAAUCAUCUCACCGACAGCCACACCAAUUUAGAAAGGGUGGCAGAGUAUUGCGAAGCCAACUAUUUCCAGGCCGAAAACAAAAGACUGGCCUUAGAGAGCACCAAAAAUUAUACAACACAGUCUUUGGCAAGUGUUGCUUAUCAGAUAAAUACUUUGGCAUAUAAUUUCCUGCAACUGCUGGACUUGCAAACAAUGCAACUUGCAGAAAUGGAAGGACAAAUGAACCACAUUGCCCAAACUGUAGCUAUUCAUAAAGAGAAGGUAGCUAGGAGGGAGAUUGGGGUGUUGACUGCGAAUAAGGUGACUAACAGGCAAUACAAAAUCAUUGCUCCUGCUAACCCUGAAAAGCCUAUCAAGUAUAUUCGGAAAUCUAUUGAUUAUACAGCUUUGGAUGACAUUGGUCAUGGAGCUCGUUGGAACGCAGCGGCGACGGGCACGCCCCGCGGCCGCCGCUCGGGCUCCGCCCCCGGGCCCGCGCCGCUGCCCGCACCCACCACCAAGCCUCCCACGCCUCCUGCUGCCGUUAGGUCAGCUUCUGCUGCUAAUACUGGCACACUUGGACGUGGAACACUAGGCAAAUCAUCUCGCGAGUACCGCACGCCGCCGGCGGUGGCGCCGCCGCAGGUGCCGUCGCACUACGCGCCCAACUACCCGCGACGCCCGCCCGGGUACUCCACGCUGCCUGUCGCUCAACCACAGGUGGGCAUGGUGCACCCCAACCAACACCAGGCUAACAAUUACUCCCAGCAGGAUAUGCACUCCAGCAUGCCUCCACCUCCAUCUCCUUUGAUUGGAUCUGAUGGCGAACACAGCCAGCAUUCUAUGUCGCUGCCUGGACAGCUGGGUCCGGGCGCGGCGCGCGGCGGGUCGGUGUCGCCGCCGCUGCCGCCGCCGCCGCACGACGACGAGCUCGCGCUCGGCUUCGGACGCCCGCAGCACUACAAUAAGAUGGGUGCUCAGUACACGAGCGCAAUGCCGGCUAUUGUGCCCGAUGAAGAGGACUUGCCCGGAUGGGUGCCCAAAAACUACAUUGAGAAAGUGGUGGCGAUAUACGACUACUACGCAGACAAAGAGGACGAGUUGUCGUUUCAAGAGAGCGCGGUGAUCUUCGUGCUGAAGAAAAACGACGACGGCUGGUGGGAGGGCGUCAUGGACGGCGUCACCGGACUCUUCCCGGGGAACUACGUUGAGCCCUGCGUCUAGCUCUCUGCAUUACGUUAUCACAGUAUAAUACACACCAAGACAUUGUCAUUAUUAUCAUCAAAAUAGGCUAUCGGCGCAAAAGUAGGCAAUCGAUGUACUGUUGUUAUGUUACUACAACAUAUAUAAUGACUAGCUGCGCCCCGGGGCUUCACUCCCGUGGAAAUUUCAGGAUAAAAAGUACCCUAUGUGUUAUUCCAGGUUAUUUUCUAAUUCUAUAUAAUAUGAUUUCAUAACGACCGGUCUAGUAUAUAAUGCAUGAAGAGGUGACAUAUAAACUUAUUUUCGCAUUUAUAAAAAGAUAUUUCUGGAAAAAAAAUUAAUUAGCUUCAUACUGCUGCUUAGACGCCUCUUAAGAGUCAAUUGUGGAUUUGAGGAGAAUUAAAUACACUUCAAUAUAAUUUAAUUUUAAGGAAUUCCUUCAGUUUAUUCCUAUUGACAAUUAUUUCCUUAAAAACAUAAGAUUAAUAAUAAUUUUGGCCAAAAUAUAUUUCUGAAAAUGUAUUUAAUUGGAAGGAAAUUUAUAUGAAAAAUUCCAAGCGCGUCACGUCGCUGCGAGUUGAUAGAUAUUUUUUGGUUUAUUUUAGUUUUAUCAUUUAGACUAGUAUACAUUUAUUCAUACUUUAUUAUUCCCUAUAUUUAAUUUACAAUAGUCGGUGCAUUUUCAUUGUUUCAUGUAUAAAUAGGCAAACUAAUUAAUCAAUAUAAAAUUCAAUAUUAGCGAAUUAUUUCGACCUUUCUGGUUCCACUUUAGCGACUAUUUUUAGUUAUUUUAUUGUACAUAUUUUAACUACAAUUAUCUAAUUGAUUUCUUCUUAUUUUUAUUAAUGUAGAAUCAUGGGAUGGAAUUAUAUUGUACUUUGAGUCUGCCUAAAAAUCAUGUAGUUUUUCUAUACCUAUAGAAAAACUUUUAGGCCGACUCAAAAUACAGCGAGACAGAAUACAGAUUAUGAGGUCAUCAUCUUGCGUAAUAAUGUGUGUGUAGGUAAUUUCGAUGUCAAUUUUCUGAAGUUCAGUCUUAUCACUCAUAUAAACUGUCGCAUGACAUAAUAGUUGAAAUUCUUAAGAAUAAAAUGUAAUUAAGAUUACUAUGAGAUUAAAACAUUGAUAGAUUUAUUUCUCCAAUGCUUUUAUAAUAAUGGGCGAUUUUAUUACCUGCUCUUGUAGGUAAAUAUAUAUUUUAUAAUAAGAAAAUAUAUAGCUAUGCGCUAGACAUAGGCCUUAAAUAAUUUAUAUUAUUUGCAUUUAUUUCUUAUUUUAUGCAUGUAGUAAUAAUAAUAUUUUAGUUAAUUGCUAUUUCAAAAAAUAGAAUAUUAAAAUAGUAUAAACUGUUUAUAAAUAAAAAUCAUUCAUUAUA